UUAAUGUGACGUUAAGUUAUGGUCAAAUAUAGGGUUGUGACAAGGUUACUUGUAUGACUGUAUGAAGUGCUCAAAAUAUGUUAGAGUUUCGCGGCGCAGCAGUGUGAUAAUGUCUGGAUCGCUUGUUGUAUCUUUUUAUUUCUUUAUGUCGUAUUGCCUGUGUACGACCCUAGGUACCGUUCAUUCAGCAGUUUUAGAUUCGGGUAAAUUAUCUCUCAAGAAUGGGCCACAACUCGACUAUAUAGCACGGGCAAAUUUCACCGACGACAUUAAGAAUACAGGAUGGGCUUAUUUGGAAGUGACCACUAACCCCCGAUACAAUGACAGCCUGCAGGCGUAUGCAGCUGGGGUCGUAGAGGCUUCUGUAACUUCUCAGCUUCUCUACAAGCACUGGAUGAAUACCAUCGAAGGGUACUGUGGUUCAUUAACUUCUGACAGUAGCUACUGUGAGCACCUGAGGAAUUACAUCGUCACCAAUCUUCAGUGGAUGGAAGCACAGAUGGAAAAGGGGGAUGACGUUGAAUAUUGGCAUCAGAUCCGGCUUGCCCUGAUGCAACUCAAAGGCUUGGAGGAUGGCUACAAUGAUCAGGUCAACUUCCCAAGUGGCCAGUUCUCCAUUAAUCCUCUUGGCUUUCUCUUGUUCCAGAUGGGUGGAGACUUGGAGGACUUGGAAGCGGCAUUCAACAAAACCACACUGUCCAGAACACUGGGUUCGGGCUCAUGUUCUGCCCUUGUUAAGUUGCUGCCUGGUAACAAAGAUCUGCUAGUUUCCCAUGAUACCUGGAACAACUAUCAGAGUAUGCUCAGGAUCAUAAAGAAAUAUUCUUUUGCAUACAGGACUUCCCCUGAAGAUGUUGUGCCUAUUCCUGGAGGGACCCAGGUUUUUUCAUCAUAUCCAGGCACUAUCUUCUCAGGGGAUGAUUUCUACAUCCUUAGUAGUGGUUUGGUUACCCUAGAGACCACCAUAGGCAACAAUAACCCUGCCUUAUGGAAGUUUGUGACCCCAAAGGAAACAGUUAUGGAGUGGCUAAGGAAUGUUGUGGCCAAUAAGCUUUCAGAGAGCGGGAAACAGUGGGCAGAUAUUUUCGGCAAAUACAACAGUGGGACGUACAAUAAUCAAUGGAUGAUUGUUGAUUAUAAGUUCUUUAAACCAGGACAAGCAGUUGCUGAUAGCCAGCUCUUCACAGUUUUGGAACAGAUUCCAGGUUUAAUUGUAGCUCAGGACAAAACCAAGGAGCUAUUUCAGAAGGGAUACUGGGCCAGUUACAAUAUUCCGUAUUAUCAGGAAGUUUUCAAUACUAGUGGCUGCAAUGAGUUAGUUGAGAAGUACGGAGACUGGUUCUCCUUUGACAUGAAUCCACGAGCCCAGAUCUUCCGGCGGAACCAAAGUCUCAUCACUGACAUGGAUUCCAUGAUUCUUCUCAUGAGGUACAACAACUUCAAGGAAGAUCCUCUAUCUAAAUGUCAGGGUUGUGACCCCACCAAUAAUGGAGAGAAUGCCAUAUCAGCCCGCUCUGACCUUAACCCAUCUAAUGGCACCUACCCUUUUGGGGCUCUGAAGCAGAGGCCUCAUGGGGGCACAGAUAUGAAGGUAACUUCCUUCACAAUGUACAGGGAAUUCCAGAUGCUGGCUCUAAGUGGCCCCACAUGGGACCAGCUCCCAGCCUUCCAGUGGAGCACUUCCCCUUACAGCGACCUGCCUCACAUGGGCCACCCCGACCACUGGGCUUUCCCCACAGUGCAUGUGCGUUGGGGGUGAACUGUCCUCACUGUUUCUGCUGCUCUUCGCUUUGACUGUGACAUUCACAGGGAUGUUUCAGCUGUAACACAAUUUAAAGGGAAAUGUUUCCAUUACCAUCCCAGCAAAGGUCUUGAGCUAUGGACAAAUUAUUUCUUAAAAGCAUGCUGGAUAGCACUUUUACCAAAGACUAGAAUUAUGCAUUUAAAGAAAUGGCAGUAAAGGUGGAAAAUCAUUCAUUUUUAAGAGGAAUUUUGCUCAAUACUUGGAGACAUUUAUUUGUACCAGAUAAUAAUAUAACAAAUUAAAGACUUGCUGUUUCAAAA